AGAGUGCGCUGGACCAAGGGGGAGGUGCCCGCCGCUUCUCCCGCGUCCGCCAUUUUGUUGCUGUGGCUAUUGGGUCCGGGCAGGGUGAGACGGCCCGGGAGGUGCGACUCUUGUUGGAGUGCGGUGCUUCGUGUGGCGGCGAGGAUCGGCGCGGGCUCUUUAGGCUGUGGAGCUGGCAGGUUCCAGGACAGAAGUCACUGGAGCCUCCCCUGUACUCCAGACAGCUGAAAAGCCCGAGGCGGCCUCCGUUACUGCUCCGCUUCGCCCACCUCGACCCCGGAGCUUUGCCCAGUGUUCCCGGACCGGCUCUCUUCGUGAGGCGGCCGGGUGCAGGAGGCGGGUGGCGGAGGAUGCUGCGGGGCCCGGAGCCUAGAGGAACGUCCUGACCAAACCCUCUGAUUGUUCCUCGAAGUGUUCCGAGAGGCCCUUCCUCGACCCCAAAGCCGACAGCGGGUAAAGGCUUCCCGAGCAAGCGAGAGCAGCAGACGCCUCCCAUCCCCGGGCCCAACACCAUGUCCUCCGCCAGGUUUGAUUCUUCAGACCGCUCUGCCUGGUAUAUGGGGCCAGUGUCUCGCCAGGAGGCGCAGAACCGUCUCCAGGGCCAGCGCCAUGGUAUGUUCCUAGUCCGAGACUCAUCUACCUGCCCCGGGGACUAUGUACUGUCCGUGUCCGAGAAUUCGCGUGUCUCGCACUACAUCAUCAACUCCCUGCCCAACCGCCGCUUUAAGAUCGGGGACCAGGAGUUUGACCAUUUGCCGGCCUUGCUGGAGUUCUACAAAAUCCACUACCUGGAUACUACCACGUUAAUCGAACCAGCGCCCAGGUACCCAAGCCCACCAAUGGGUUCUGUCUCAGCACCCAACUUAUCUACAGCAGAAGAAAAUGUGGAAUAUGUACGGACUCUGUAUGACUUUCCUGGGAAUGAUGCUGAAGACCUGCCCUUUAAAAAGGGUGAGCUUCUAGUGAUAGUGGAGAAGCCUGAGGAGCAGUGGUGGAGCGCCCGAAACAAGGACGGCCGGGUGGGCAUGAUCCCUGUCCCUUACGUUGAAAAGCUUGUGCGGUCCUCGCCGCAUGGAAAGCAUGGAAAUAGGAAUUCUAACAGUUAUGGCAUCCCAGAACCUGCUCACGCAUAUGCUCAACCUCAGACCACAACUCCUCUACCUGCAGUUGCCAGUACUCCUGGGGUAGCGAUCAACCCUUUGCCAUCUACACAGAAUGGACCUGUCUUUGCAAAAGCAAUCCAGAAGCGAGUACCUUGUGCUUAUGACAAGACUGCCUUGGCAUUGGAGGUUGGUGACAUUGUGAAAGUCACAAGGAUGAAUAUCAAUGGCCAAUGGGAAGGCGAGGUGAAUGGGCGCAAGGGGCUUUUUCCCUUCACACAUGUAAAAAUCUUUGACCCUCAGAACCCCGAUGACAACGAGUGAUUGCUGUGCUGUCCCUGCUGCUGCCUCCUUCUGCCUGUCGGUCUCCUUUGAAGCGGGAAGCACUCUGUCACAUGCCAGUCACACCAAGCUGCUGGAGGCAGCUUUCCGUACAUUGGUGGUCCUGCCCAUUCGGAACCUCAGCAGCCGCCUCGCUCGAUAGCUUGCUCGCUCGCUCGCUGGGUCGGCAUUUGUAUCAUAGUCAUGCUGUCAAAGACUAGCUGAGUUUAGAGUUCUUGCAGGUGAUGAACUGAAGACACUGGUAGGAGCACACAGUAGAGACUGGAGACACUGGUGGAAGCACACAGUAGAGACAGUUUGACCCAGGACGGCUCUUCCUCUCAUCCUGCCUUGUUUGUACUGGAGACCAGCUGUCGUGCUCGCCAAAGACAGUGAGCCUGCUGAUGGUCUGCAUGGAGAUGGUGAGGCUUGGCAAGAUCUCGCUGUUGAUGGUCCACAGAACAGUGGCUUUGUCACCAACCUGAUUUUCUUUGGACAACAGAGGAAGUUAAACUCCAGACAAUUCUGUCCUGAACUCCUGAAGUCUGGCUUGUUUUCAUUUUCUUUUGUUUAGUUUUGUUUUUGGAAGACUAAUUAACUAUAGUUGUGUGUUCUGAACAGAUUUUUAAAUAGUAGGUUGGAUUUUUCUGACAGUCUAAGGAACAAUCCAUGUCCCUGAGCUUCCAAACUGAAGCCACUGUAUGUAACUACCAGUAUGAAAAGACACCCCCCCCCCCCCCCCGAAGUCGAGGCCUUUAUCUUUGGGUUGCCACAGUACUUUGUGACCAUGUGUCAAACAGUACCCACAAGCAGCAGUCCUGUUGUGCCAUGCUAUGAAACACCAAGGUAGGGGUGUGGGCCUGUUGCUGUCAUUGCUGCCUCUGACAGGAGCAGACAGGGUGGACCUCUUCAGUGAGCACACUUCUUUGAGAACAUAGUGAGUCUGUUAAAUUGCAUUGCUAUAUUCCACCACAGAGGCCACUUGGCACUUCCUGUAUAGACCUAGCCUGUCCAGGCAGCUUGAGAGUGGUGUCUGUUCUGGUUCCACAGCCUGAGUAGAUCCAGAACACAGUGCUUCUGAGCAAAAGAAGACACCUGUCGACCAUGAGCCAUUUUUCCUACAUGUCAGCUAGUACAGAUGUGUGUCUGAUCCCUCAUCCACACAUGGCAAGCCAGAGUUCUCGAACCUUUCUGUAGUGCGCUCUUUUCAGCUGGACCCUGAUGAGGACAGGCCUCCACACAGAACGCAGCAGACUAGAGAUGUAGCGACAAUUAGUGAGUAGCUCUAGCGUUGGCAGAGUGUCUUCUGUAAUGAUGGCCCUGGCUCUGGAGGCCUUCAGCUUUGAGAACUAAUGGAACAUAUUCAGGUGACAAAACCAUUUGUCCACUCUAUUUAUUUCUCUUAAAGACUUUUUAAAAUUUUUGUUUAUGUUGGGCAUGGUGACCACACCUUUAAUCCCAGUACUCAAAAAGGCAAAGGCAAGUGGAUCUCUGAGGGUUCAAAGCUAUCCUGGCCUUUGUAGUGUCACGGGACAGGCAGACCUACAUACAGAGACCUUAUAUCAGAAGACUGUGCCCCUCCCCCCCCCCAAAAAAAAAACAAACAUGUAUAUGGGUGUUUGUACUGCAUGUAUGUAUGUGUAUCACAUGGGUACAGUCCCUAAGGAGGCCAGAAAAUGGUGUUGGUUGGAUCCUCUGGAACUGUGGAGUUACUGUGUGGGUUCUAGGAAUUGAACCUGGGUCCUCUGCAAGAGCUGCAAGUGUUCUCAGCCACUGAGCCGUCUCUUGAGCCCCAUCAGUUUCUCUUUAAGUCAGUAGUUAGUUGAUCAGGCUGAUGAGUGCCAUAGUAAAGAAUGUUCAUGUGACAAAGCAGUGGUCAUUAGGGGCUUGGGGGAUGUCAUGUCUGUGGUAGAGGUUACUUCUCUGAAAGCUGCCAUUUCUAGCCAGGCCUACUGAGUAGACUUAAGUGUUCAGGCCCCAAACUCUGCCUACAACAAGACUUAAGACUCGACCUCUGGCCAGUUAUACAGUUCAGCCCUAGGCCUUUGGUGCCUCCACUGGAAUACAUGCCUUGUUCAUGGCACAACCCAUGAGGAAUCGCAUGUUGUCACAGGGGCUUGAGCCUCAUGCCUUACACAUGCUAGAUGACUGUCUGCCAGUGGGCUCUCUCUUUAAAUUUAAGAUGGAACCUCUAUAAAUUGCCCAUGCUGGCUUCAAGAUUUCCAUCCCAGCCUCAGCUGAAAUUACAAAGGUUUGAGUCACCACACCCAGCUCUUAAGAUCUUUUAAAACUACAUUUAACUGAAGGGCUUGGUGCCUCUUGAUUAAAGCAGCUUGAUCAGCACAAGCAGCCAUUUUUGAGAACAGGGUUUCCCUUCUCCCAAGACUGUUAACCAAGUAAGACUCCAUAAGGAAUACUCCAUAAUCAGAAUGACCCAAAACCCUGGAAUUUGGUUUAUGUAAUCAAUUAAUUUGGCACAUGUAAAUGUCUCUACAGCUUCAUCAGAGAUCCAGAUCUCAAAAUAAAGACUCAACUUUCUGAACUCUCAGGAUAUGUGCCAACGAUAGUAAUUUCCUGACUUAGAAGCUCAUUGGUUUUUAAUCAUGAAAAUCUUUUCACACUGAUAGAAAUCGCCAUUUUCCCUAAGUCCCACUCUUCUGGGUAGGCACUUGGCCUCGGGAGUAUGAUGAGGGCUUUCCUGUUUUCAUCAUCAGUGCUGCACGGUCUGCUCUGCUGUGUUACAGAAAGUACUGGGAUAACAGACCACUUGCUAUGGCUUUUCUAUCUGAGAAGGAAACAAUCAGGUAGUUGAGGGCAUUAAGGGCUAAUCCUGGGUGACAGCCCCUAACCCCCAACCCCCACGCAGAAGGCAUGCUUGUCACUUCUGCACUGCUUUGAUGCCACCUGUUUCGUGGUUAAUAGGGUGUGCUGGCUUUGGUCACCCAGACUCAACCCUCUGUGCUCACCAGAAGAGACUCUGUGCUCUCUCUCGGAGUUGCACGUUCCUGGCACUGUGCCAGCCUUCCUCUACAGCUGUUUACAGACAAGAUGGGCCAAGACUGAUGGCCACUGCUCUUGUAACCUUUGUUCAAAAGAAUAAUGAACAUUUUUUUUUAAAAAGGGAUGAUGUGUUUUUGUUCCAGGUGUUCAUAAUUUAAUCUUUUAAUAUUAUGUUCAUUAACCUCUUAAAAUGAGUGAACUCUUGAUUGUUUUAACACAGUACCUAAGACUAAUACUUUCUGUGGACUCCUCACCAUGGAACCAGAGGCCCACAUCCCUGGUAACUGCUGUGAGCGUGGACACCGAGCUGCUUGUAUGUUGUAAAGGAGCAGGAGGACGUUCUCUGAGACAGGAAGAACAGUGGCCUUGCUUCUAGACAGUCUUCACUGUGUGUUUUAAAAUGGCAUAAAACUCUUUUGACAUGUAUAACUUAAAGAUCAUAAGCAUCAGGCAAUAAUAUUUUCUGUGUAAGCUUUUAAAAUUAUUUUUGGGGAUCAUAGCUUGUUUUAUUUUGUGCUAUAAAAUUAACAGUAUUAAAUGACUUAUAUUCUUAGAAUACAUUGAGUGUCUUUUCUUAACAGAUUAGUGCCUUUUUAUUUUUGUAUUCCAUUUUACGUUACUGGUCCCAGCAUAAAAACCCUUGUUUCCAUGGACUGUUUGUACAUUGUCUCAAUAAAACUUGCACCAGCCGGCAGUGGCAGCA